AUGUGGUACUUGGCGUAUUUCAUGCAUCGCCACCUCGACUUCCGCCUCGACGAGCUGCAGUCGCUCGCCGUCCUCGCUGGCGUGCAGCCGCCAGCUCAUCACGCCGCGCCACGUCACGAUGAAUUGGAAUUGCGGCCGCCUGCCGGCUCGGCUUUAUCGGAGGGAGAACGAGGCGGAGAAAAGGGAAUCGAAGGGGAGAGGGUGGUUGAGGAAGUGAGGGGAGACGAAGGCAGCGAGGAGACGAGGAGGGGAGAAGCGGGGAGUGAGAUGGAAGGAGGAGAGGAGGAUGAGAUAUCAGGGGGAGGGGGGAGCGAGUGGGAGCCUGUAAGAUGGAGAAAGCCACGUGGCGAUCACAUGGACUCGCCGUUCUUCUACGUGGAUCUGCCGUCUGAUGACGUGGCGAGGCAAAUGGCCGCUAGAAGCCUGCUUAUAAAGGGGAUAUUCGACAUUUGGGCGGAGGCUCCCACCUACGAGGCACUAAAGCCGCAGGUUGAGGCUAACAUCACCACCAAGAUUGCGCCCUUCACAGCGCCCGGGUCCACGUUCAAGAUCGUUGUGGACGGCUUUGGCAAGAUAUUUUCAAUGGACGAGCAGCGGGAGAGGAUUGAGCGAUUCACGUACAUCCCUUUUAAGGGCAAGGUGAAGCUGAGCGCGCCCGAGUACAAGUUCUGGGUGAUAGAGCAGGCCGCAGAAUGCACCAACAACGGCCUUCCCCCCAACAUGCCCUUGCGCGUGUUCAUUGGCCGAGAGGUAGCGGUAUCAGACCGGACCGUUGCCACGAAGUACGAGCUCAGUCGCCGCCGCUACCUGGGCCCCACAGCUAUGGAUGCUGAGCUAUCGCUGCUCAUGGCCAACCAGGCGCUGGCGCGGCGCGGCACGCUCAUGUACGACCCGUUUGUGGGCACGGGAAGCAUCCUGGUGGCCGCUGCCCACUUCGGUGCUGUCACUCUGGGAGCGGACAUAGACAUCAGGGUGGUGCGGGACGGCAAGGGCCCCAAUCGGGACGUGUGGGCCAACUUCCACCAGUACUCACUCCAGCCACCAGUGGGCUUGCUGCGAGCAGACAACAACUGCCCUCCCUGGAGGCAAGACCUGCGAGAGCUGCCCACAUCCCCUCCACCGCCCCUUACUCGCUCGAAGAGUGCCUACGAUCUUUUAGACACGGCUGCCCGGCUGCUCGUGAUUGGCGGGCGGCUCGUUUAUUUUUACCCUGCUGCCCGAGAGGAGUAUGUGCCCGAGGAGAUUCCGGAGCAUCCGUGCCUGAAGCUGGUGGCGAAUAGCGAGCAGAUUCUGACCAAGCGGUGGAGCAGGCGGCUUGUGACUAUGGUGAAGGUUGUACAGUACAGCGAUGACAUGGCAGCUGCACACGUGGCGGCGCAUGAGUGGUUCAGGAAGAAGCAGAUCGAGGAGAGUAAGAUGAUGAGGGAGAUGGGGGAGGCAGGGGAGGUGAGGGAAGGGGGGGAUGAGGGAAUCAGGGAUGGGGAAGCGGUCAGGGAGGGAGGUGACAAGGGGUUGAAUCCGGGAAAGGUCGAUAAGAAAGGGGAGGGGGAGAGGAGGGCAGGGAAGAAUUUCCAUGACUUGGUGUUUGCGUCGCGGGCAGAUGAGGUGGCGGGGAUUCACCAGCAGGCCUCGGUGCGAGGCAUGAGGGAUGGGAAGGGAGAAGCAGGUGGGAGGGACAGAGCGAAUGAGACCGCUCAUAGAUUAUCGCGCAAGGCGGCAAAGCAGGCGUCCAGACCACUGUAUCGUGCCAAGUGUGUGUGA